UUGAGCACUUCUUUAGCUUUCUCUCUGAAUUUGAACCUUUUUUGGAGCAUUUUCUCACACCUGAAACAAGAGCUCGCAUCUUGAGAUAGAGUUUAUCUGGUCCCGUGUAAGCUCCACUGAUGUCCAGAUAAACAGACAGUGGCAUGAAAAAAGACUGAGAGGUGGUGGUGAAUUGGUGACUACAACUGACAAAGAUGGAUCUGCUAACAAUCUUCUGUCACUUACUGCUUUUAUUUUUUGAUCCAUCUACAGCCACAAGCCUCAUCACAGCGGAUGUAUUUGAAGCCAGAGGUCAGCAUGUGUGCAAGGCAGGGAAAGGGAGGCCGUGUUACAAGCUGGCCUAUUUCUCAGAGCUCCGGCGGAGGCUGAACUUUGUGGAGGCAGAGCUCGCCUGCAAACGGGACGGAGGGCAGCUGCUGAGCGUGGAGACGGAGGCUGAGCAGAAGAUCAUUGAGCAGCUCAUCACAGAGCUCCGUCCUACUGAUGGAGACUUCUGGAUUGGUCUCCGCCGUAACCAUGGAGAUGAGGAUAGCAGCUCAGACUGCUCCUCACAGUACUACUGGCUGGAUGGCAGCAAGUCUACAUUUAGGCACUGGCACUGGGACGAGCCAUCAUGCGGCUAUGAGGUGUGUGUGGUAAUGUACCACCAACCAUCUGCACCUCCAGGUCUCGGGGGGCUCUACAUGUUCCAGUGGAACGAUGACAAUUGCGAAACCAAGAACAACUUCAUCUGCAAAUACACUGCAGAGAAGCCACUGGAGCCUUCCCCCUCUCCCAACUCCACUCAAACAGCUCUGAAUUUGGUUUACAUCAUCAUUCCCACCAUUCCCCUGAUACUGCUGUUGCUGACAGUGACUGGAGUCUGCUGCUUCAAACUGCUUGUCAGACGCCGGAGAAAACAGCAUCAAUCAGAAGUAUGCCAGACAGACCCAGGCCUCUGCGCUAGCCCAGCUCCAGCUGAUGUCUACAAUGUCAUUCGCUCCCAGAAGGAGGAUGACCUGGUGUCAGCUCGCCCACACACUAAAAACACCUCCUUUUUAUGCUCCUCCCCUGACACACCGACAGGUGACUAUGACAACCUGGGAGGUCGGGACACAGAGAGUGGCUUUGUGACACUUGCCAGUACAGAGAGCUGCUUCCUCAACUUUGAGCUCAAUGACUUCAGCCUUGGACGCCGUGGCACGCGUGACUUCUACGACACCAGCCUGGGCCGCUCAGGAAAGAGGGACUUGAAUGACAGCAGUCUGGGUCGCACUGGGCACAGAGAGUUUUAUGACAGGAGUCUAGGUCGCCGAACAACUAAGAGUGAGCAUUACGGCAGCAGUGUGUAUGGGGACCAGGGAUUGUAUGAUAGCAGUAUCAGAGGGGGGAGUGACCUCUAUGAUUCCAAACAGAGGCCUGGAAGUCACACAGUAAAGGCUGACCUCUAUCAGACAUAUAUCACCAACGGCAAGGACGACACUUACCAAACCAGCCUCGGAACCUACGGAAACCGAAAAUCCUACCAAUCUAAUCUGGAUUCCUACAGAAAUGGCCUGAAUCUUGAGGGCGGAAGGAGAUACUUCAAUGAACAAGAGUGGAUCAACAGAGAAAAUUACUGA